GGGAGAACCAGCAGCAGCAUGCGGACCGCGCGUGGAGUCCCGCGCGCCGUGGACCUGGACACGGACUGCGCGGACCCGCCUCUGCGCCCCGCGCGCUCUUACGGUUGCUAAGGACUUUCUGGAUACCUGCGUGGGGGUGUGGCUCGUGGACAUGGAGCCCUCUUCCCUCCUGGCUGUGUUUGCGCUCGUGCUCUCCGUAGGCUUUGGGACCGAGGAGGGGGCGUGCCAGCACUGCUUCCUGCUGCGGCCGGUCCCCGGGGACGGUCUGCCGGUGGAGGCUCUGCAGGAGGACCCGGACCCGGCGCUGGACCCCACGGAGCGGGACCUGAACGUAACGGAGCUGCGUGGGCUGCUGGGAGCCCGCUUCGACCCGCGCUUCAUGUCCGCAUCCCCGCCGCAGGAGCCCCCGGACCCCCCGGGGGUCCCGGAGCCGCCGCGCGGCCGGAAGCUGCGCCGCCGGCUGCAACAGUGGUUGUGGGCGCGUGCCGCGUGCCCGGUGCAGCACGCCUGGAGUGACCUGGGCGCGCGCUUCUGGCCGCGCUACGUGAAAGUGGGCAGCUGCUCCAACAAGCGCUCGUGCUCGGUGCCCGAGGGCAUGCUGUGCACGCCCGCCAGAGCUGCGCACGUGACCCUGCUGCGGUGGCGCUGCCGGCGCAGGAACGCGCUCCGGUGCGCGUGGAUCCCGGUGCAGUACCCGCUCAUAUCUGAGUGCAAGUGCGCUUGCCCGAGCUGAGACUCUCCACUCACACCCGCAUCACACCUGUACAGGCGUGACAUCAUCACAGGCGUGGACAGCAGAGAACGGACUGGUUUUAUUUAUUCAUCACGUCAUCCUGUAAAAUCACGUGUUUGACUUUGUCUUCUGAUCGAGAAACAGAAAAGUGUCAAAUUUGUUUUUGCAAGAAAUGUACAAAACUGCAUUUUCUGUCACAGCAGCCAAAACCCUGAACGCAGCGCGCGCCCGCGGGUCCACGUGGAGUCAGUCUGCUCAGAAUAAGAUCAGUGCAAAAGAUCCAGAAUCUGUUUUAUGUCCUCAGAAAAGUAAAAUGAGUGGAAACGAGCAGCACCGCAGGAACAUUUGUCACAUUUAGGUGACUUUGUGUGUUUUUUCUUCUUCUUGAUUUUAAGGUGGAAAUAUGUUUGCUAAAGGAAAACCUGCAAAUCAGGUUCCAGCUAAAUGAUGUAACCGAGAAACUCAAAUUAUUAUCGUUUAUUAUCAGUGAUUUAUU